AGAGUCACACCAGACCGCAAGCGGAUUCCCCGCAAAUUCCUGUGUGUGUCCGCAACCUCUGCGCGCCCCGUGGUUGACCUGUUUUGCUACCCCUUGGCCACAACGUCACGCUAGCAAAGGGAGACUGAGACCACCUCUGCUGCGGAACAGUCGUGUAGAGCACGUAUCUGAACCAAUCAUGGCCGAGGACGCGGCGAGGCCUUUCCUGCACCAGGGGCCGGAAGAUGACUUUGGGCCCGGACUGCUCAACAGCUCCAACAUGACCGCGGCCGAACCUCCCGCCACGGAUAAGGCGUGGGCAGCAGCUUUCAAGGCCAACGUCGCCAUCACCGUUGUGUCGGCCUUUUUCUUCGGCAGCGCGGGGCUAGACGAGUUUGUCUGGGGAGACGAAUCAGGCCGACGUUUGUCGACCGGCGGUGGGGGUGGCGUUGUCGGUCCGGCGUUGGUUGUCUUGGGGAUUGUCGGCCUUGCCUGGACGUUCGCGUGGGGGGUGCUCUAUGCCGUCAUCAACUACUCAGAGAGAAUCCUGAAGAUAGCCUACUUAAGCCUUGCCGGGAUCUCGGGCAUGGCCGCCGUCUCUACUCUCGCCACCGGUCACUUGUUCGGGUGCCUCUUCCCCGCCUUCCUGUGCGGCUGGACGGUACGGUUCUACUUGAAGCGCCAGAGCCGGAUCCGCUUCGGCUCCGCCAACCUCAAGGUCGCAGGCCUAGCCGUCAAGUCCAUGCCAUGGACUGUCCGAGCCGGCCUGCUGAUGAGCGGAGUCCAGGUGCUGUGGGUCCUCCUCUCCGCGAUGGCGGCAGGGGGCACGAUCGCUUCUCUCCGGACCGUGACCGGUCCCGACGGCACGACGUACAAAGCGUCCUUCUGCAGCGACGUCACGCUCGACCCGCCCACGCGCGGCAUGGUCCACCACCUCUCGUGCAUGUGUGGCGGGCACGUGGUCUCGUACAACUCGGCCUGCGAGUACGAGGGCCACAGCUUCUGGCUCGCCUUGUUCUGGCUGGCCAGCCUCGCGUGGGGCGCGGACGUUAUCCGGAACGUGGUGACGGCGACGGUCACCGGCUCGGUGGCUUCCUGGUGGUACUCCGCCGACCGAGACGCGAGUCCCGUGCGCGGCGCCCUCUACCGUGCGACACACGGCUCUUUUGGAUCACUCUGCAAGGCGGCCGCCAUUUCGACCGCGGUGAGGUUGCUCACCCGAACCGUGCGUCGACUGGCCAAGGUCGGCCGGUGCGGGAGCUUCGUCCUGGGGUGGCUGCAGAGACUCGCGGACUACAUCCUCGCGUAUUCCAUCUGCUUCAUCUCCAUCUACGGCUUGAGCUUCUCGGAAGCCGGCCAGCGCGUCUCGGAGCUGUUCCGGCGGCGCGGCGUCACGACCAUCGCGAACGACAUCGUCGUGGACGUCGGCCUGACCGCUGUCUGCGCGGGGCUGACCGUCUGCUUCUUAUGCUUGGCCUACCUGGUGAUCACGGUGACACACAGAGUGUUGGCAGGCAAUUUCCUCGUGGGGGUCUACGUGAUCUUCCUGUUCAGCCCCUUCCUAGUGGCAUUCGUCGUGGCCACCACGGUGGAGGUCUUGCGGUCUUCCUUCAAGGCCGUGUUCGUCUGUUUCGUUCAGGACCCGGACGCCCUCGCCAGCAACCACGGCCGCCAGCUCCACGACGACCUGUCGAGGGCGUGGGGCGAGAUGCAGGCCGAGUGCCCCAAGUGGACCGUUGGCGGUGAGGUCGGCCAGCCGCACGACGGGGGCGUCGUCGGCAUCACCCACCAGGUCUAAUUAAAUAGUUUUCGCUAAAGAUGGCGACGAUCAUGGAGGACUACUAUGUCUCUCUCUUGCUCCGAGAGGUAACACGCGUGCGAAAGAGCGGGUUGCUUUGCUUUCGUAAGGGAAAGGUUUCCGUGUUUUUUUUUUUUAUCCUGGGCAAACCCAGUCGGCCACGACUGAGGUAUCCAACCAAAGCCUACCGUAGCUACGUAGAGAUCGCGGGGGGAUCGCGGGGGGGUCAGGUCAGAGAUAUUGGCCAUGAGGUCGAGUAAGUGGUAUUUAGACGAUGUGGCUUGUCGCGUGUGUGUUUCGGAGGAUAGCCGUGCACGGGGCCGGUACGAGACGCCGGUAUCCAACGAUGUAUCUAGGUUUAGGGCGGAACUUGUUGAUGUUGGAGAGGACAUGGUUGCCCUGUGGACAAGGGCAUUUGGGAGGUGACGGAGAGUGAGACAGAAGGGUAGGAGGCGUUAAUCGACUUGCCCUGAGCUAAUUUUUCAUGAAAUCCGAAAAACAGACCAUCGCCAGCACCACACCAUACAUUUUUUUGCCUGCCCCUUUUUGCAAAACAGGGGCAACAGACCAACGAAAAUCUUCUUUACGUUGUCUUUUUUAUUUCACAUUUGGACCGCGCUGAAUGGUUUCAUGUGCUUUGGUGAUUGUGGUCUAUGCAGACAUGCUCACGGAGGACCCCGGGAAUGCUGUCGGGAAAAAAAGUAGGACAGGCGGUAUGGGGGGGUGGGGUAAGGUUCAGCAAGCUUGUCGAACUUCUCGCAGAAGGCACGUCGGCGUUGCUGUAGAAGAUUGUCACCGUUUCGCUGUCACUACGAUCGUGGCUCCGAUUUGACAGGGUGAUGUGACAAAGGCCCUCGACCCUCUCAUAUCGGAGCCCCCUCUUAUACCGGAAUGGGGGGGUACCCCAGCUAAAAUGGGUCGAGUCCCUGGCAACUGAUUGCGACCCUUUGGUAUCGGAGACCCCUCUUGGAAGGAUCCCUUUUGUGUCGGGGCCACUACUGAACGGCUGUCUGUGUUGUUUUACAGGUUGAAGGGGCAAAAGCAGCGUGGACAGAAUGGCAGGAGUUGGGUGCGGGUGCUUGCUUUGGCUUGGUUUGACUUACAAGGGCGCGGCGCGAUGUCAGCAUCGAAUACUGCCGUGUUAGAGGUGGAUGCCACAAACCGUUGGGGUUGUCAUUAUCGAGUUUUGGUCAGUUAUUGCAGUGAUCGUUUUUUGCAUUUUUGAUGUCGUUGCGGUUGGCGUUUUUCGUUGGUUUCAAGGUUGGUUGCACCACAACGACUUUGCCGUUGAUGGUGCUGAUGCUGUCGCAGUGUUCAAGCACUCGCGGUAAGAUGCUUCUCUCGAGAGCAAAGCCAAUAUCGAUGCUUUCGGCCACAAUAUACUUGAGUCGCCGUGAUUCUGUGUACUACAUACUUUUUUCUCGUUGCGGACCAGUGCACGGAAGAGAUUUCGGUGUUUUUCUUCAAGGUAAGAUAAGAUGCUUUCAACUUUCGAGCCAAGAGAACUGGGGAGAACGAGAACGACGAUGAUGAAUUCGUGCACGU